UCCGACUUUGAUAGCGGAGGGGAUCUUUUGCCUCGCGACGAUCAUGGCGUUCUUUAAACUGUUAUUCAUCUGCCAACUCGACUACGAUCUCGGACCUCUACAGCUUUCCCUGGUCAAAAUGAUUAGGGACGUCGGCCACUUUGUCACGAUAUUCGGAAUCAUCGUUAUAGCCUUCGCAGUCGGAUUAUGUCAUCUCUAUCAAUAUUAUACCGGAAUGGUACAAACUGAUGAGGAGUCGAAAUUGAAGACGGAGCAGGAGAAUUCUUUCGUCGAUUUCAUGUCCACCCUGAAGACCCUCUUCUGGGCUAUUUUCUGCAUGAGCCCAGUGGAAAGCGCCGACGUGAUCAUCGAGAAUCUUCCGGGUGAGAAGGAAUCGGAGACGAUAAUCAAUCAGCAUAACUUUACCGAGUUCAUCGGUUAUUUCGCUUUCGCCAGUUUUCAAUUCAUCUCCGUGGUAGUUGUUUUGAAUAUGCUAAUCGCAUGUAUGGCGAAUACCUUCACCAGAGUGACUGAUAACGUUAACGUGGAGUGGAUCUUUGGCCGAACUGAGGCUUACGUCGAUUUCAUGCUCACGACGACACUACCACCACCGUUCUCCAUCUUCUCGAUCUUUACGGGGCUACGGCCUGUCAUUGAGUACAUAAAAAUAGUGUUUAAGCCACCGCCCGGCAAACGAGCACGAUGGGACUUCGUGAAUUGUUGCUACAUAGAAGAUUUAGAAGAGAAGAAAGACGAGCGAUUCGCAGAAAUUAUGGCGCAACUGGUGCAACGUUACCUUCGUCAAUACGAAAGGAGAGUAGAGGAAACGGACAUACAAAAGCUGAGGAAGGAACUGAUGGAAUUCAGUAAUAUUCUGAAGGAGGCUCUUAGUCCAUCUUAGGCAUUUCGGCGCACACAUUCUGCGAUCGAUUAUUAAUUUUUUUAAUCGUCGGUAUAACGCAUGAC